AUGAAAACCAUGGACUACAUUGAAGUUCUAGAUUUCGGGGAGAACCCUGCCACAGAUGCGGACACGAAACUAGAGAUCUUAAAAUUCAGUUACAACUGGUCUGACGCAGUGGAAGAGGAGGAAAGGCGUAUGGAGGAGGGACAAAAGCAACAAAAAGAGAUGAAGAAGUUGGAAAAAGAAAUUGCAGGGGAGGAGAAGAAAGAUAGGAAUAACAUUAAUAACAGAAUGAAAACCAUGGACUACAAUGAAGUUCUAGAUUUCGGAGAGAACCCUGUCACAGAUGUGGACACGAAAUUAGAGAUCUUAAAAUUCAGUUACAACUGGUCUGACGCAGUGGAAGAGGAGGAAAGGCGUAUGGAGGAAGAACAAAAGCAGCAAAAAGAGAUAAAGAAGUUUGGAAAAGAAAUUGUAGAGGAGGAGAAGAAAGAUAGCGAAAAUCACAACAGAAAACAACUGGAUAACAUUAAAACAAAACAACACAAAGCAAGGAAGCAUGGAAAGUCCUAUAUGAAAAAACAACAGAAAAUGAAACUGGAGGCUGCUGAAUCCACCAAACAAAUGAUCGAAGGAGAUACAAGAAAGGCAUCUGGAGAUAAGAAAUUAACUCUCAUUACAGAAAUCUCCAAACAAUUAACAGUAUAUGAUACCAAAAUAUCAGGAGAAAAUUCAACUGCAUUGGAUGAAGAAGUUUCAUUUGAGAAGUCAACUGCAUGUGAUGAAGAAGUACCAGGGGAAAAGUCAACUGCAUCUGAUGAAAAAAUGCCAGGGAAGAGGUCAACGCCAUGUUAUGAAGAAUCAUCAGAGGAGAAAAAAACUGCAUGCCAUGAAGAAUUGUCAGGAGAGAAGGAAACUGCAUUUGAUAAAGAAGUGAUAAAGAUGUCGACAGCAUGUUAUGAUGUAUCAUUGGAAAAAUCAACUGCACAUGAUGGCGGGUUGUCAGAAGAGAAGUCAAAUGCCUGUGAUGAUGCAGGAGAGAAGUCAACUCCAUGUGAUAAAGAAUUUUCAGAAGAAAAGGCAACUGUGUGUGAUGAAAAUUUGUCAAAGGAUAUGUCACCAGCAUAUGAUGAAGAUUUGUCAGGAGAGAAGGUAACUGCAUGUGAUGAAGAAGUGUCAAGGGAAAAGUCAACUGUGUGUGAUAUAGAAGUGUUAGAGGAAAUGUCAACUUCAACUGAUGAAGAAUUGUUUGGAAAGAAGGACAUUGCAAGUGGUGAAGAAUUGUUUGAAAAGAAGGACAUUGCAAAUGGUGAAAAAUUUGGAGAGAAGGACACUGCAUGUGAUGAAAACUUGUUUGGAGAGAAGGACACUGCAUGUGAUGAAAAAUUGUUUGGAGAGAUGGACACUGCAUGUGAUGAAAAAUUGUUUGGAAAGAAGGACAUUGCAAGUGGUGAAGAGUUGUUUGGAAAGAAGGACAUUGCAAGUGGUGAAGAAUUGUUUGGAGAGGACGCUGCUUGUGAUGAAGAAUUGUUUGGAAAGAAGGACACUGCAUGUGAUGAAAAAUUGUUUAGAAAGGACAUUGCAAGUGGUGAAGAAUUGUUUGGAGAGGACACUGCUUGUGAUGAAGAAGUGUCAAAGGAGAAGACAACUCCAUGUGAUGAGGAAUUUUCAGGAAAGAAGGCAACUGCAUGUGAUGAAGAUUUAUCAGAGGAAGUACCACCAGCAUGUGAUGAAGAUUUGUCAGAGAUGUCAUCAGCAUGUGAUAAAAAUUUGUCAGCAGAGAAGUCAACUGCACGUGAUGAGAAAACGACUGAGGAAAAGUCAACUGUCUGUGAUGAAGAAAUGUUGAGGGAGAGUUUAACUCCAUGUGAAAAAGAAUUGUUGGGGGGAAAGUCAACUCUUUAUAAUGAAAAAGUGUCCAUGAAGAAGUCAAUUGAGGAAGAAGAUACAUGUAUAAAUGUUCCUGUAGCAGUAGGCCAUAAACAAGAAGUUGCUAAAGACCAGGAGAAAACAUUUCAGCCUUUAAUUGAGGAUGAUUAUGGUGCUGGCAACAAUGACGAUGAUGAUGAUGGUUGGUUUGGUCCACGUAAACUUUUCUUGUUUGAUAUAGCCUAUUUUAAGGAUGCUGGAAAAGCUGUCUGAUAAAAAGAAAAGAGAAAGAAAAACUUUUUUUAAGAAGACAAUUGAAAACUGCUUCUUAAUGAAAAAAAUAAAUUUUAUUUCUUCAUGA